AUGCCGACCGUGGGGGUGAAGCGCGAUGAGCUGUUCGCGGCCUUGGGCCAGACGUACACGGACGAGGAGUUCGAUGUUCUGUGCUUCGAGUUCGGCAUCGAACUGGAUGACGUGACGAGCGAGAAGCAGCUUAAACAGCGUGAGACCAAGGGCCAAGGCAAGGACCACUCGGAGCACUCGGACGCCGUGCUCUACAAGAUCGACGUUCCCGCCAACCGCUACGAUCUGCUCUGUGUCGAGGGUAUCGCACGUGCACUGCGUAUCUUCCUGGAGAAGGAGCGCCCGCCCGUGUACACGUUGACGCCGCGUGCCGAGGGCCCGCACAGCAUUACGGUCAAGCCCAACACGAAGCUGGUGCGCCCGUAUGUGGUGUCGGCCAUCCUGCGUGACGUCAAGUUCACCCAGGAGCGCUAUGACAGCUUCAUUGACCUGCAGGACAAGCUCCACCAGAACAUCUGUCGUCGCCGUACACUCGUGGCUAUCGGCACGCACGACCUGGACACUGUUGAGGGACCUUUCACCUACAAUGCGCUGCCCCCGAACGAGAUCAAAUUCAUCCCGCUGACUCAGAGCAAGGAAUUUGAAGCCAAGGAGCUGCUGGAUUUCUACCGUACUAACCCGGAGGUCAAGCACAUCAAGCCGUACACGGAUAUUAUCUACGACUCGCCCGUGUACCCUGUGAUCACGGACAAGAACGGCGUGGUCUUGUCGCUGCCGCCCAUUAUCAACGGCGAGCACUCCAAGAUCUCGCUCGCCACGAAGAAUGUCUUCAUUGAGUGCACAGCCACGGACAUCACCAAGGCAAAGGUCGUACUUAACACGAUGAUCGCCAUGUUCUCCGAGUACUGCGCCAAGCCGUUCACGGUGGAACCAGUGCAGAUCAAUUACGAGGACCAGACUGUGAACGAGAAUGAGCUGACGCCCAACCUCAGCAAGCGCUCGGUUGAGGUGCAGAUCAAGAACAUCUACUCGAUGUUGUUCGGCAAGAGCGAGCCUAUUAACCUGGAUGUGGAACGGAUCUGCAAGCUGUGCGACAAGAUGCAGCUGGACGCCAAGCCCUCAGGCAACGGAAAGACCAUUAUUGCUGAGGUCCCUAUUACUCGCUCGGACAUUCUGCACCCCGUGGAUGUGAUCGAGGACGUCGGUAUCGCUUACGGCUUCAACAACAUCCCACUCACGAUCCCUCAGACGCAGACUAUUGGUAUGGCGCAGCCACUGAACAAGCUGGGCGACCUUCUUCGCGACGAGAUCAGCCGUGCAGGCUACAUCGAGCUGCUGACUCACGGUUUGUGCUCGCACAAGGAGAACUUCGAGUACCUGAACCGUGAGGACGAUGGUCACUCUGCUGUUGUGCUGUCCAACCCGGCUACUGUGGAGUUCGAGGUUGUGCGUACGUCGAUGCUGCCUGGUGUGCUGAAGACUAUCCAGAACAACAAGGCCAUGUCCAUCAAGGAAGGUCUGAAGUUGUUCGAGAUCUCGGACGUCGUUGUGAUCGACGACAACACGGACGUUGGAGCUAAGAAUGUGCGUCGUAUUUGUGCCGCGUACACCGGCCCGACCGAUGGUUUCGAGGUCAUUCACGGUCUUGUUGACCGCAUCAUGCAGCUGAUGGGCAUCCCGUCUGCACUGGAGAUGGCUGCGGGCACGAAGGAGUACUACACCAUCACGCCCGCGGAGGAGCGCACAUACUUCCCUGGCCGUUGUGCGUACGUGACCCUGCAGAAGGAGGAUGCCAAGCCUCUACGUCUCGGUACGUUCGGCGUGCUACACCCGGAGGUGCUGAAGAACUUCGAUCUGCUCAACCCCACUUCCGUUCUGGAGAUGGAUUUGGAGCCUCUGGUCUAA